AUGUCCAGUUUGCCUUUGUUUCGGUUGAUUGUCUUCAAUCUGCUGGAAGUCAAGUUGAGGAGUCUAAUGGUAUUUCACUGCUGGUCGAUAAAGGAGGCCUUUCCUUUGGCUAAGAUGCUGAACGAGAACGGCAUUUAUUCGCAAUACAUUGACCUGCAACAGGACUCUGAAAGCUUGGCCAACAUCCACAAGGACUACUUGGAUAGUGAAUUGGUUAGAUUGGGUGUCUUUUUGGACAUGGGUUGUGAGCAAGCCGAACUCGUAACUAAUCAGUCUAGUCGAGCCCGACUUUAUAAUCAAAAUUUGCAUUGGCUGCUUUACGACGAAGCAGGCAACUUCACUAAGCUAAGCCAGCUAUUUGAGGGAGCCAAUCUUAGUGUGAAUGCGGACGUGACCUAUGUCAGUCGCCAGGAGGAAGAGGUCUUCAUCCUGCACGAUGUCUACAAUAAAGGAAGUCACUUGGGGGGCCAGCUCAAUAUCACCAUAGACCAGAGCCUGCAGUGCAAUCGAAGUCACUGUCAGGUUAAGGAUUAUCUCACUGAUUUGCAUUUGCGACCCAGACUGCAACACCGCAUGGAUUUAUCGAGCGUUACCUUUCGCUUGGCGGCUUUGGUCUCUGUUAUACCCAUUAAUUCUAGUGAGGAGGACCUUCUUGAAUUCCUUAACAGCGACAGGGACUUCCACAUGGACUCGAUUUCUCGCAUUGGCAAUCGCCUUAUCUUGCACACUCAGGAAAUUCUUGGCUUUAAACUACACUACAUUUGGUGUGGAACUUGGAGCGUUCAGGAUGCCUUUGGCGGAGCUAUUGGCAUGUUGACUAAUGAAUCCGCUGAGCUAUGUACUACUCCGUUUGUGCCCUCCUGGAAUCGCCUUCAUUACGUACAUCCCAUGACGGAACAGGCCCAAUUCCGAGCGGUCUGCAUGUUCCGUACCCCGCACAAUGCCGGAAUAAAAGCAGCCGUGUUUUUGGAGCCCUUCAUGCCGAGUGUUUGGUUUGCCUUCGCUGGACUUCUGAUCUUUGCCGGAUUUAUGCUCUGGAUGAUCUUUCACUUGGAGCGACAUUGGAUGCAACGUUGUCUGGAUUUCAUGCCAUCCUUACUCAGCAGUUGCCUGAUCAGUUUUGGAGCAGCCUGUAUCCAGGGUUCCUAUUUGAUGCCCAGGUCAGCUGGUGGACGAUUGGCCUUUAUUGCCGUGAUGCUGACCUCGUUCCUCAUGUACAACUACUAUACCUCCAUUGUGGUGUCCACUCUGCUCGGAUCUCCAGUGAGAUCCAACAUCAGGACCAUUCAGCAGUUGGCUGACAGUUCCUUGGACGUGGGUUUCGAUACAGUGCCAUUUACCAAGACGUAUCUGGUGUCUUCGCCUCGCCCUGACAUUCGCAGCCUUUACAAACAAAAGGUGGAGAGCAAGCGGGAUCCCAACAGUGUCUGGCUUUCUCCGGAAGAGGGAGUGAUCCGGGUGCGGGAUCAGCCGGGAUUCGUGUACACAUCGGAGGCCUCGUUUAUGUAUCACUUUGUGGAGAAGCACUACCUGCCGCGUGAGAUCUCCGAUCUAAACGAGAUUAUGCUGCGACCCGAGAGCGCUGUCUACGGAAUGGUUCACCUGAACUCCACCUAUCGCCAACUGCUUACCCAACUGCAGGUGCGAAUGCUGGAAACCGGGAUCAUAGCAAAACAUAGUCGUUUCUUCAGCAAGACUAAGUUGCACACGUUCUCUAAUAGUUUCCUAAUCCAGGUGGGCAUGGAAUAUGCUGCUCCUUUGUUUAUAUCCCUCCUAGUGUCCUAUUUCCUGGCCUUGCUGAUCCUAAGCUUAGAAAUCUGUUGGGCGAGAUAUGCCAGGAAGAAAUUGACGACCGUUUUCCCUCAGAAUCACUAA